AUGUCGCUUCACCUUCCGUCCAUCAUUUCCAACUCUUUCCGACCACACCAUCCCUUCCUCAUCCUCGAAUCCUCCCUCGUCCAGUCAUGUCUUCCCAUAUUACGCGCGAUUGUCGCCCAGAAGGGCUCUAAAGGGCACACUUUACUUUUUUGCUUGUUGCAUCCUCCCUCAUCCCUUGUAGACGACCCUGCGCGUCUCCAAUCUGAAAAUCUCAAAGUUUUUGACAGAACACAUUGUGUACCGGAAUACGAUGAUGACUACGUAGAUCCACGAGAUUUUAUCCUCGACGUCGUCAAAGCCGCCCCUCCAGGUCCACUCAAUGUCAUAAUCGACUCGGCGGACUUGCUCUGCGAUGACAUUGGCUCGCCGUCGCAGACGCAUGCGCUGAUCAUCUCUCUCCUGCAACUUAUCCGCGCACGCCCAUCGCCCUCGCGCCUUGUCCUACACCUCCUCAGCCCAACGCCGCUCCUCCCCCUUCUCCUUCCACCCCGCGUCUCUCCCUCCCUCACCCACCUCACCGCGCACCCCCCAUCCUUGCUCACACACCUCUCCACCACGCAAUUCAUGACCCCUCCCCCCUCAACCCCCGCCGCCGCAUUCUGGCGCGUCUUCGCGCCCCUCGCGGCGCGCACGUGGGAGGUCGAGCGCCUCGUCUACGGCGCCGGCGACGAAGGUGCGGGAUCUGGGUGGAACGAGACGGUAGUGGAGGUGUUGCUGCGCGGUCCCGGAGCCGGUGUCGGCGAGGGGAAGAGGCGAGGUGCCGAGCGCGUCCUGGAGGGCUGGGUAAGUGGCAAGGGCCCCUGUGAGCUCGCGCAGCUGGACAGCCUCAAGAAAAUAUGGACGAGAAAAGCCUCCGACGAGGCCCAGCGCGACCCCACCCAAAAUCUCUCCUUCAGCCUCAAUCUCACGACAGAGCAGCAGCAGUCCCGCGCGAGUGUCCCCCUCCCGUAUGCUCACGACGGCAAGACAUCUGAGGUGUUAGAGACAAGUAGUACUGGUGCUAUAUUCUAUGAUCCAGAUUCUGCGGAUGACCUAGAUGACGAUGAUCCCGACGAAGACCUGGAUAUCUGAAUUAUCAGAUUCAUCUUGAUGUAUCAAGUAUGCUUUACCAUGGGUGUAUCCACUACAAUAUCUUUGUGUCCUGGCACGCAG